GCAGUUUUUUGAAAAGGGGGUGAAAAUCUAAAGAAUGGAAAAAGCUCUCUAUAAUAUGCAGGUCUAAAACUUCUUUCGCUCUAUCCGCUCUUGACUUUUACCCUUGCAUGGAUAUUGAACGAGGCAGGUUAGGAAGAUGUCAGAAACCGCUCACUUGUCACUCAUAACUUCCAAAGACGAACUCUUCAAAUAUACCUCUGGCAGAUGGAUCCAUAACAAACACCUGCGUUUAGCUGAAUGUUACCUCCAGUUCAACAUACCUGCUCUCAUGAACAUUAUCACUGCCGCGUCUGGCCAUAUGACCUCUGACAUCGUUUCCUUUUUCAAGUUAGCUGAAGGUGGAUUCAACUGUUUGUUUCAAGCGACCUUUAGAGACGGGAAGCAUGUCAUUACUAGACUACCAUAUCCUUCCACAGCGCCUGAACGCUACGCAGUUGCCAGCAAGGCUGCUACUUUGGACUAUCUGCGGUUACAUGGAUUUCCUACUCCUGAGGUAGCAAAUCUAGUUAGUGCUGAGUACAUUAUUAUGGAGAAGUUAGACGGCACCCCUCUGGGUGAUAUGUGUAUAUACUAUCAGAGGGACCUUCCAACGGAAAGAAAGGUUCCACUAUCUGGGCAUCAUAGAAGUGAGUUCUGUAUGGGACCAAUGGCACAUUAUGGUUGGUGGCACAGAGAAAGAAGCGUGCUUGAUAUUGACAGGGGCCCCUUUGGUGAACAGGAGAUGACUUGGGUCAAAGCCUAUGCGAAACCUCGUCUUCCUUAUAAGCGCCUAUAUAGGGAGGUAUAUGGGUUUUGCCAAGUCUUGCCUGAUUGUCACAUUGAGAAUCUAUCCAAGUAUUUGACAUUGGCGCCUUGUCUUAGGUUCAGGACUGGCUCAUCACUAGAUCAGCCGCCGAACAAUAUUCUCAUAUCAGAUGCAAAUGAGGUUGUUGGUUUAGUUGACUGGCAGCAUAGCACUAUCCUUCCCCUUGGGCUUACAGCUGGUAUACCAAAAUAUUUCCAAAAUUACGGUGACCCUGAUUCGGAAAAGCUGAUAGAGCCCCGAAUCAACCUCCCAUCGAACUUCAAGUCUUUGCCUGAGUCUGACUAUGCGGGUAGUCCUUGGGAAGGGGACUUAAUAACUCUAAAGGCUGAUAUGAUCCGCGCCGUACAAAGCUGGACGACUUUGAUCUCAGCAGACUCUAUUGGAUACAAACAGGGAACAUGCAGUACGCCCAUAAUCGCAUACCCAGGCAGAGUUGUCUGUGAUAUUCUGGCUUUGGACGCGCGACAGAGAGAAGCUGACGUCGCAAUGGACCAAAUGCGGGAUGUUCUGGGUAUUAAUAUUCUUAGCUGGGUGCCAAAUGACGAAUAUGAAGCUGUGAAAGAAAAGGCUCGUGAGAUAAAAGCCAAAAUGCUUGAAGCGGCGGAGACCAACGAAGAUAGAAUUAGGAUACAGGACCACUUUCCCUUUAAUAAUUUUGAUGAGAACUCCUGA